AUGACUUUCGCUGAAUUCCUGCAGCAAGUUGGCGGCAUGGGCCGUUUCCAGUUUAUCCACACGGCGCUACUCAUUAUUCCUGUCCUUUUGAUGGCCAGCCACAACCUUCUCCAGAACUUCACAGCUGCCAUCCCAGGACAUCACUGCCGGGUCCACGCCGCCGCCAAUGCCAGUGGGCAUCCGAAUGCCACUCAUUUGCUAGAAGCCAGUGACCUUCUCAAGGUUGGCAUCCCCGUGGACAGCAACCAGCAACUGGAAAAAUGUCAGCGCUUUGUGGACACCCAAUGGCAUCUCCUCAACCCCAACAGUACGGAGGCAAACAAGACCGAGAUGACUACUGAGCCUUGUGCUGAUGGAUGGGUAUACAACAGGACCCUGUAUUCUUCCACAAUCAUCAUUGAGUGGGAUCUGGUCUGUGACUUGCGGAAGCUUCGGGAGAUGGCCCAGUCAAUCUACAUGGCCGGUGUGCUGGUUGGAGCACUGGUUCUUGGCGGACUAUCUGACAGGUUUGGCCGCAAGGCUCUCCUCAUUUGGUCCUUCCUGCAAAUGGCCGUCAUGGGGACCUGUGCGGCCUUCUCACCCAACUUUGUUUCCUACUGCAUCUUCCGGUUCCUGAGUGGCAUGGCGCUCUCUGGCUUCGGCCUCAGCAUUGCCUGCUUGAUUGUGGAGUGGAUCCCCACCCAGUACCGGACCAUCACCAUAGCAUGCACUGGCUUUGGGUACACACUGGGCCAGAUCAUCCUGGCUGGCUUGGCCUACGGAAUCCCAGACUGGCGUAUGCUGCAGCUGGCUGUGUCAGUGCCCUUCUUCUUCUUCCUCCUCUACUCAUGGUGGUUUGCAGAAUCGGCUCGCUGGCUACUUUUGGCGGGGAAAUCUGGCACGGCCGUCAAAGUCCUCCAGAGGGUUGCCCGUGUCAAUGGAAAGCAGCAAGCUGGAGCUGAGAUCACCACUGAGGUGCUGCUUUCCAACAUGGAGAAGGAACUGUCUUCCACGAAGUCCUCUUACACCUUAUCUGACUUGGUGCGCACGCCAGCCAUCCGACGCAUUAGCUGCUGCCUCUGCUUGGUGUGGUUCUCCGUCAGUUUCUCCUACUAUGGCUUGGCCAUGGACCUCCAGAAUUUCGGUGUUAGCAUCUAUCUCAUCCAGGUGAUCUUUGGAGCGGUUGACUUCCCAGCCAAGGUGAUUGUGACCAUCACCAUGAGCUACUUGGGGCGAAGGGUCAGCCUCAUGGCCUUCCUCAUCCUGGCUGGCCUCGUCAUCAUCGCUAACACCUUUGUGCCCCCAGAGUUGCAGACACUUCGGACAUCACUGGCAGUCAUUGGGAAGGGGGGUCUUGCAGCAGCCUUCAAUUGUGUCUUCCUCUUCACGACAGAACUCUACCCCACACCCAUCAGGCAGACUGGGCUAGGUUUCGGUAGCACCAUGGCCCGGGUGGGAGGCAUUGUUGCCCCGCUGGCAAAGAUGACGGAGGACUACUUUUCCCUCCUGCCACCGAUUGUGUACGGAGCAGCUCCCAUCAUUUCUGGCAUCGUCGCUUGCUUUCUGCCGGAGACGCUUAACAUCCCUCUACCGGAUACCAUUGAAGAAGUGGAGAGCAG